CCUAGGUCCUUGCUCAACUCAUCACUUACACGUUUAUACCAUUUCAUAUAUACAAUAUUCAAUGGAGAACAAAGUUUUCGCUGCCUUCUUCUUGUUUCUAGUCCUCUUCUCAUCUCAGGAGGUUAUUGGGAUAGAGGGAAGGAUGUGCCAAUCAAGGAGCCAUCACUUCAGGAGCAUAUGUUUGUCCAACCAUAACUGUGCCAAUAUCUGCCGUGGCGAGCGCUUUUCCGGUGGUCGUUGCCAUGGUCUCCACCGGAAAUGCUACUGUACUCGUCUUUGCUAACUAUUUGUACUCUUUUUCAAUUAAAAAAUGUUGUUGUUCUUGUGUUCUAGCUUCCUUCCAGUUUCUAAUAAUAAUUAUAAUGUUUCCCGUUUUGUU